AUGCAGCGUAUUAGGGUAAAAGGCCACGAGUGGACACUUCGCUGGAAAGAGAAUACGGUUCUUGAUGAUGUUGGCCACUGGGCCUCGUCCGAGGUGAGGAUUCUUCGCAUCUCAGAAGGCUACACGAAUGAGUUUGUCGAACUUCGGGUUCGCAAAUUUGUUCCGCAAGACGGCGACAGUCUCGAGCGUUCCUGGGUGACACCCACAGGGGAGACGCGGUCGGUACAGAUUCCACCAUAUGCUGUCAUCGAACCCGAGGCUAUUGCACCGCAGUACAGCUCCUACAUCAAGAGAGGCUUGGUUGCAUGUUGCAGCAAAGUCCUAGCGGACCAUAAGGACUCGGUGCUUUGGCCGACCUACUGGAUCGCGGUCAAGCUGACUCAUGCAAAGAAUCACUUGUCGGAAGACGAGAACAAGCUUCUCGCCAAGACGCUGGAGUUGUGGAUGACAGUGCGCUUAACAACACGUUCCUUCGAGAUUGUCGGCGAAGAAACUCUUGGUAUGCCAAUGAACAUACUCGACGAGACGAGUCCGUCUCAUGGAAAGAUCCCGAUUCCGCCCGUCAUGGGAGCGCAGCUCGACUCCGUUCUUAUCCACGAAAUUCAACACAGCUUGAGACACGACGUCCUCGGUGCUCUUCAAGAUAUGUUCCACAACAACAAGAUCAAUACUUGGUUUACAACAUACCUGGUUACGUUCAUGCUGUUGCACAACGCUUCCCUUGUUAUUAAGCACGAUGCGAGCUAUGCGAGGAAGCACGGGCUGAAGAGGCGCUUCGCACGCGAGGACAAGGUUAAGCAGUACUACACGGGUAUGACAGAAGCGAAGUGGCAGGCGGUCCUGGAUACAAACGACUACGAAAACGAAUUCUACUUUAUCAGCCAACUCUACGAAGUCAACUGGCAGCCCAGGACAAUGGUCAUAUAG